AUGACAUCAUAUGAAGAUAUACCUAUCCCUUAUAAGGAUGAUGAUAUAAUUCCAGAAGAGGAUACAAUGGCAGAAGCUAUGUACAAUAAUGUAAAAUUAGAUCACAUACUCAAGAAUAUAAACCAUGACAACUCAAUCAACAACUAUCAACUGGAAGAAGAAGAAGACGAGGUGGAACAAGAAGACACGCUACCACCCUCGGGUCAAGUCGCCACCACAUCACAAAGUAACAACAACAACUGGAAACUAAUACGAACAUUAGCAGGUGCUCAUCAAGGUUGGGUCCGUUCAAUAGCCAUAGACGAAAUAACCAACCAAUGGUACGUCACCGGCUCAUCAGAUUCCACAAUCAAAAUAUGGGAUCUAGCUUCAUCCCAACUCAAAGCUACCUUAACUGGACAUAUUAUGGGAGUACGUUCUUUAGUCAUAUCAAAAAGAUUUCCCUACUUAUUUUCUGGAUCUGAAGAUAAGACAAUCCGAUGUUGGGAUUUAGAACGAACAAAUGCAAUAGAAGGUUGUCAGAUUAGGAAUUAUCAUGGACAUGUGGGUGGGAUAUAUGCCAUGAGUCUCCAUCCGGAAUUGAAUAUUUUAUUUACUGGGGGGAGAGAUUCUGUGAUUAGAGUAUGGGAUAUCCGAUCAAGAAAUGAGAUUAUGACAUUAGUGGGACAUUCGAAUGAUAUUUCUUCGAUUGAAAGUCAAUUGAUUGAUCCUCAAGUGAUUUCAAGUUCUAUGGAUGGCACUAUUCGAUUAUGGGAUUUACGAAAACAAAAUACACAAGUUUGUUUAACUCAUCAUAUUAAAUCGAUUCGAGAUAUGAAAUUACAUCCUCAAGAAUUAACAUUUUGUUCUGGGGAUUCUAAUGGGAAUAUAAAACAAUGGUUAUUACCAAAAGGUCAAUUAUUGAAUGAAUUUGAAAAGCCGCCCCAGGAUGGCAGGAGUAAGAUUAUAAAUACAUUAUCUAUUAAUCAUGUUUCAAAUACUUUAUUUGCUGGUUAUGAUGAUGGGAAAAUGGAAUUUUAUGAUUAUAUUAAUGGUGAUUUGAUCCAAAGUGGAACUACUCCACCCGUCCAAGGAUCAACAGAAUCAGCUAUAUAUGCAUCAACGUUUGAUGUCCUGGGACUAAGAUUAAUUACAUGCGAAGGUGAUAAGAGUAUAAAGAUUUGGGGGAAUACGAAUGCAUAG